CAAGCAUUAGUCGUUAUUAAGAAGUUGUACUAAGCUAACACGCUUUAAACUUAAGGUCUAAGCGUUAACUUAAAGUUGGUGGAGUUUAGCAAAAAUAUUCAAAAAAUAAAUUUCAUAAAAAUAUUUAAAAAUAAAUUAAAAAAGUUUUAAAUAAAUAAAAAAAAUCAUUUAAAAAAGGCUGAUAUUUUAAAUAAUUUUUCUUUAAAUUUAAUUAUAAAAUAAUAAACAUAUAACACAAUAACAAAAUGAAAUUCUUCAACAUUACCCUACUUUUUGUUAUUUUUGCUUUGGCCUGCCACCUAAGUUUCACUGUAGCUGAAGAUGGCAAACGUAUUGCCUUAAGACGUCCCGUUGGUAAAGCCGCCAAAACAUCAACAACCACAACAGAAGCUCCCGCUGAAGAUGAAGAAGGUGAUUACAACGAAAAUGGUGAAGACAAUCAAUAUCCCGAUGAAGGUGAAGAUUCUGCCUCAACAACUACCACCACCACAACAACAGAAACACCUAAGCGUAUUGGACCCGUAAUUAGACCUUUCCGUUCUAACGAUGAUUUCUUGAACUCCCUAAAGCGCAGACAAAUGAUUGCUAAGAAAAACAAAUCUGAAAAACCAGCACCUAGACCCAGCAAACCAGCAGCUUCCCAAGACUCACAAGAAGAAGCUGAAGAAUCUGCUCCCGUAGCUGCUCCAGCUCCCGUCUCAAAAGGUUUCAACAAACCUAACUCAGCCUUGAGCCGCCGUAAAUUGAACAAACCCUCAAAACCUGAACCAGUAGAAGAUGCCGCCGCCGAAGAAUCUGAACCAGAACAAAAAGAAGAAGCUAAACCCAAACGUCCUUUGGGCCGUUUAGCUUUAAGGAAACGCAAUUAAUUUAAAUACCUUAUUUAAAACCAAUAACUUUUUUCAAUUUGAAAACUUAAACUAUUUUCAAAAUUUGUACUCUUCUAUUCUCUCUCUUCCUUAAUUUCUCUCACAUUCUCUCUCCCUCUCCUUUUUUUCUGGUGCUUUACCAUUUUUAAGCAGAAUUUGCCAAAUCUUUAAUCCGUUAGUCUCUAUUUUGAUUUGUUUAUUAUGUUUAAAUCAAAAUAUUUUAAAACUUUCUUAAUUUCUAUUUUUAUUUUUUUUUGUUUAUUUUAUUUCAUUAUUUUCAAUUUAUAACUUUUAGGUUUUAGUUUAAGUUAAAAGAAAACAAAGGAAAUUAAAAAUAUGUAUUUCUAUUUUAGAUUUUCACAUUUUCCCCAAAUGUAAUUUUCCUGCUUUUUAUUGUGUGAAUUUGAGUAUCUUUUUCUGUUCAUGUGUGUUAUAAUAUUAUUUUUUAUAUUAUACUAUAAAUAUUUUAUUUGUAUAUAUUUCUUUUAAAAUAAAAAACAACAACAAAUCGA